AACAAAAAAUUGGGUUUGCACGGCGAGGAAUCUUGGGUGGAAGAUUUCCCAAAGACGCUUUCACUCUCGUUCGCGGGAAGACUGAGACGAUUAACUACCAUGGCCAUUGUUCAGUGCAACUGUGUUCACCGCUUGUGCAAUCCAUGUAGAACCAGAAAACCACCCUUAUUCCCAGUUUCACACACCCAUUUCAUCUCAACUGUGAGCAUUCCGAGUUGCGCAAGUUCCAAGACAUUGAAGCUAUCUACCCCAAGGCUGAGUAGGGCUGUUUCUGCUGUGGUUUCUGAAGAGAACGCAGUUGGGUCGAGUUCUUCUGGCACUGGAGUGUUCAAACUCACUUACUUGGAGGGGAAUAGUUGGUUGUGGGAUGUUGCUGGGUUGAAAAUACUGGUAGAUCCCAUCUUGGUGGGUAAUUUGGAUUUUGGAAUUCCCUGGCUUUAUGAUGCUGCCAAGAAGGUUUUGAAGAAUUUCCAGCUUAGUGAUCUUCCUGAAAUCGAUUGCUUACUGAUUACACAAAGCCUUGAUGAUCACUGCCAUUUGAAGACCUUGAAGCCGCUCUCUGGAAAGUCCCCAAAUCUUAGAGUCAUAGCAACUCCCAAUGCUAAGCCACUGCUGGAUCCUCUUUUUAGAAAUGUCACAUACCUAGAACCUGGUCAGAGCUCUGUCAUUGAAGCAAGAAAUGGUUCUGAAGUCAGAGUUCAGGCCACUGCAGGACCAGUUUUAGGUCCUCCGUGGCAGCGACCUGAGAAUGGGUAUCUUGUCAAUUCUCUGCAGGGCCAACUGACGCUUUACUAUGAACCCCACUGUGUAUACGACAAGAAUUUUCUGGAAAAGGAAAGGGCUGACAUUGUCAUCACACCAGUCAUAAAGCAACUUUUGCCCAAAUUUACUUUGGUUUCAGGACAAGAAGAAGCAGUUCAACUUGCAAGGGUGCUGCAUGCCAAGUUCAUUGUGGCAAUGAAAAAUGGGGACCUCGAUAGCAAAGGGCCUCUUGCUAGUAUAAUUCAAGCUGAGGGAACAAUAGAAUCAUUUAAGGAGCUAUUGUCAAAGGAACUACCAGAUGCUCAGGUAUUAGUGCCUACUCCUGGUGUACCGCUAGAAAUCCUAGCACCUUCAAAUCUUCCUUAGGGCAUCUUUAUAUGUUUUUGGUAUAAAUGAAACUACUCUUUAUUCAGAGUAUAUACACACCAAAUCGUUUGUCUUCUUUUUUUUAGCAUGCACAUAGUUUGUCUAUUGUCAAGUACUAUAACCUAUCCAAAUAAAAGAAUACUAAGGUUAGUAAUC